UUAAUAUUGACUAGAACUCUCAGAUCGGUUAGUUUAUACUGAUUUAACCGGUAAACUUCAAUCUUCGUUGAUUCAAGUCAAUGCAUUCCUGUGAUUCGCAGGGACGAGUAUGUAAACAAACAUGGCGACUUCUAGUCCACGCGUGGAAGAUUUGAUAAAUUAUUUUAAAUCGCAUAACAAAAUUAGAGAGCAACAAAGUCAUUCGGCUAAGGUUCAUAGCGUUGGAUGGAGCUGUGAUGGAAAAUUAUUAGCUUCAGGUUCCUUUGACAAAUCCGUUUGUAUAUUUUCUCUUGGACCAGACCGAUUAAAACAAGAAAUAACUUUUAGAGGACAUGGAGGUAGUGUAGAUCAAUUGUGUUGGCACGCAUUUUGUCCGGAAUUACUAUCAACUGCAAGUGGAGAUAAAACCGUUCGUAUUUGGGAUACAAGAACCCAAAAAUGUACUGCUAAUAUCAGUACUAGAGGGGAAAAUAUUAAUAUAUCAUGGUCACCUGAUGGUAAUACCAUAGCUGUUGGAAAUAAGGAAGAUCUUGUAACAUUCAUUGAUGCCAGAGUUAUGAAAAUACGUGCCGAAGAACAAUUUAACUUCGAAGUGAAUGAGAUUUCAUGGAAUAAGGAUUCUGAUACAUUUUAUUUAACAAAUGGUCAAGGCUGUGUACAUAUUCUUAGCUAUCCAGAAUUAGAAUUAUUACAUGUGAUAAAAGCACAUCCAGGAACGUGUAUAUGCAUAGAAUUUGAUCCAACUGGACGUUAUUUUGCAACUGGCUCUGCGGAUGCAUUAGUGUCUUUAUGGGAUGCAGAUGAAUUGUGUUGUUUAAGAACAUUCUCAAGAUUAGAAUGGCCAGUAAGGACAAUAUCCUUUUCCUAUGAUGGACAAUUAUUAGCAGCAGCAUCAGAGGAUUUAGUUAUAGAUAUUGGUGAGGUAGAAACAGGAGAGAAGAUAGCUGAUAUUCCAGUUGAAGCUGCAACAUUUACUGUUGCUUGGCAUCCAAAACAAUAUUUACUUGCUUAUGCUUGUGAUGAUAAAGAUACAUAUGAUAGGAAAAGAGAUGCUGGUAGUUUAAAAGUAUUUGGAUUUGCUAAUGACUGAACUACAUUUAAAUAGUUUUAUAAUUUUAUGAUAAAAAUAUUUUUAUCUAUUCAUUUUUUGUUUAUCUGUUAGGUAAUAUUAUUUUACCUAAGUAGAUAGGAUAAUCUGUAUAAUAAUAGUUAUACAAAGAAACUGAACAAAAUAAGUAAAUUAUUAUAUUGAUCUAUUAUAAUAUUUUUAUUAAUUUCCAUAAUGAGUUUUUAAAAGCAAUUCUGCUGCUUUAUCAAUAAUAUCAGGAUGACAAAAUGUAUUGACGAUAUCUUUUGAUAAUUGAGAGAAUAGUUCUGUCUUAUUUACAGAAAUCACAGAUGCAGGUAUAUUUGUUUGCGAUAGUUCAUCAAUACUAGUUAAAAAUCUUUCCCUUUUAAAUUUUAAUAAAUCUUGUAAUUCUGAUUGCUCCAGAUUAUGAAGUAAUUUCACAAAAAAAGGAUACUUUACAGAUAAAUCUUCAACAGUCCAUACCAAAUUUUGUACUCUCUUUGUAUCUGAUAACUUUUCACUAUCAAUUUGUUUACAUUCUAAGAGAGUGUUUUCCAACUAACAAUAAAAAAAAAAUUGUUAAUACAAGUGCUUUGAAAAUUUUUAAUUAUGAUAUAAUUAUACAUUAAAUCAAGAACUUACUAUUUUCAUAUUUUGAGAAAGAGAACAAUGUAUUUCCUCAGGAUUGUCACAUACUUUUUUACCAAUUCUGUUAACAAUUAAUUUAACAAGCGCUUCCUUAAGGCGUGCUUUAUUGUCUGUCUGUAGAGGUAACCAUAUAUUGACACUUACAGUCAAAUCCAAGGAUUCUACAUAGUGCCACCAACCUUUUGGAACAAAUAAAACAUCUCCUUUUUCAA